AUGGAUGACGGAGGGAUGAGUGAAGGAUCCUUGGCUAAAGGAUCCAAGGUUGAGAAAGAUGAUGACGAAAGCUCUGAUGACGGCACAUGGGAAGUAGGUGCCGAGGAGAGAUUGAGAAAAAACAAUGAAGAUCUUAGAGCAUUGAAUGCCAAGAUUGGAGUUCUUACUAGGGAGUUAAUUGAAAUUUGUCAAACUCCAAUCUUCACUGAAGAAGAUGCAUGUGGUAGUGAUGAAGAAGUUGUUGGCGGAGUUGAUGAAGCACCUGAAGUUGGGGGUGAUGAAGAGCCUGAAGUUGGUCGUGAUCGUGGAUUUGAACAACAAGAUGAUGGUAAUGCAGUUGAUGACCCUCUAGGUGCAUAUACGGAAGUAAGAGGGGAGGAUAAAACUGCAUGUGAAGAUGUGAUAGUUUCAAGAAGUCAUGAUAAAAUUGUUUGUAUUGAAAUCGAUGAUGAUGGUGAUGAAGUCCAACCGGAGGCCGUCCCAUUGGUUAUCCCCCCAUUGCACAGUUUUGCUGGGGAUCCAAGGACCACUGUUGAUGUAGACCAAUUGUACAGAGCAGUCAGUGUCAGAGAGAUCACUGUAUACAGGGUUGUAAGCGAGAUAAUUGGGCAAACCUUGAGCACGACUUCAUUUUACACUUUGGCCCCGAUAAAAUACGUUGAUAACAUGGUGGUGUUAUUUGCUUGUACGAUAUUUAUGUACUUUGAGAAAAGGUUGUGCAGUGUUGUUAAGAGGAUUCAUUUUAGUCCAUUAUACUCGCACCAUAUUCUUACAGAUUAUAGGAAACGUCCACAGAAUCGUCAUAUUUGGACGCUUCAUAACUAUAACAGUUAUCUGCGUAGCGAUCAUUUUGGACUUGGAGACUUUGCCACAGCUGACUUUUUGUUUAUGCCAUUUGUCCACGACGAUCAUUGGUGGUGUUAUUUAGUGAAAUUAAGUUCAUUAGAGAUAUUUGUGAUUGACUCAUUGGGUAAGGGGAUCAGAGACCGAAAAAGGAUAGACACAGCUGUUGCUGAAAAUAUGGCACGAUUUUUUUGCCUCUUGAUGAAUAGACCGGAAGGUAGUAUUGCUCCUUUGACUGUUAAACAAGCAAAUAUCUCAUCCCAACCAAACUUACAUGAUUGUGGAGUCAUAAUGUUGAAAGCAAUGGAAAUUUGGGAUGGAGACGACAAAUACAACGGAAAAAGCAUGCCUCAAUAUACAACCGAGGAGCUGCUUGGGAUUAGAAAGAAAUAUGUAUGUGACUGGAUCCUCGACAACGAGAACAUAAGACAAAUGGAAGCCCUAGAGCUAUAUGGCAUUUUUUAG